UGUAAUGAUUCUUAUCAGCAACAGAGAUUUGAUUGCUUCCAACUCGAAACUGAGAAAAGGGGUUGGUGGACACCAUUGUUGCUUACAGCCAGUUUAACAUCUGCAAAGUAUUUCUUCAAGCACGUCUUAAGGCAAAAUACUCUUACACAAGCUCGUAGGAACAUUUCUCGCCAUUACAAUCUGAGUAAUGACCUUUUUGCGCUAUUAUUGGAUGAAACAAUGGCAUACUCCUGUGCCGUAUUUAAGACAGAAGAUGAGGAUUUGAAAGAUGCACGACAGAAAAUUUUAUUUCUGAUAGAAAAAGCAAAAUUUGAUAGCAAGCAUGAAAUUCUUGAGAUUGGAUGUGGUUGGGGAAGCUUAGCUAUCGAAGUCGUCAAUCGAACCAGAUGCAAACAUACCGGCAUUACUUUAUCCGAGGAGCAACUCAAAUAUGCAGAAAUGAGAGUGAAGGAAGCUGGACUUCAGGUACUCGUCAGAUAA